AUGUCCCAAAAAGCGAAGCAGAAGUUCCAUUGCCUGUUGGAUAGUCUCAUUGCGAUCGACAAUCGUAACCUUGAUGGUCUGGUGGAGGUGAAUUAUGAGGCCCGUCAAGCUUCUGGGGGUUUUGCGUGCACCUUCAUUGGAGUCUAUAAACAAUCUCAGCAAUAUGUCUGUGUCAAAGUCCUUCAUCAGGUGGACGUGAUGGAUGAUGUCAAAUUUCGCAUCUUUUCUCGUAGACUAGAAACCGAGUUGAAAAUUUGGCAGGAUCUACGUCAUCCGAACAUCGUAGACCUUCACGGUUGGACUAUCGGGUUAGGGGGUGACGUGAAGAAGUAUCUUCGUAAUCACCCACUUGCUGAUCGCGGCCGGAUUAUUUGCUCGGUUGCGGAAGGUAUUGCCUAUCUCCACUUAAGAGGGAUUGUUCAUGGAGAUAUCACUCCGCGAAAUGUGGUGAUUGACCACGAGGGAUCAGCGAAGCUAUGCGAUUUUGGGGUUUCAUCUAUCCUUGGCGAUAGGUCCACGUAUGCCGAAGGGUCGAGUGCGAUUCGUAGCCCGCGUUUUAUGGCUCCCGAGCUCUUCAACGCCGAUGACAACGAGGUUCACCGAGAUGAAAGGAGCGAUGUGUGGGCAUUCGGAUGCACAUCUGCUGAGAUUCUUAGCAAUCAGCCCCCCUAUCACGAGUUACGUGAUGUUCAUGUCAUGUUUGCAAUAGUGAGAAAGACACCUCCGUAUACCUGGGAUCCACCAGAUGAGGUUGGGAGAGUUAUUGCACAAUGUAUGGAGUUCCAGCCAAAUUUGCGACCGGGCAUGCUGGAAGUAACUACGUCUUUCAGACACCUCGGCCUAGUGAUCGGAGAUUCUACACUUGCCCAACCAACUCGUGCACUCGCGUCACCACCUGGCGGAUCAUACAGUGCUUUGCCGCCGGAGACGUCGUCAACAAAGGCAGAUGCCCGCGACACGCGUCACUCCAACUAUGAGCCUGACAUCCUCGGUCACAUCCCACACGAUGCAUACACAAUCUGCACUCUCGAAAAGUUUUGCAUGGACCUCCAGCGUAGUUCACUGGCACGAAAGGCACAGAUUGUGUCGCUCAAACGAUAUGGCAAGAUAAGUGGCGUCCCUCAUCGGUUUUUGAUCCUUGACGUCGAGCAACUUCAUGGUCACGGUGGCGAGUUUUACAUCCGUCUUGACCGGCGCCAUGACAAGAGGAUCCCAUUCUGGAAGUUUGUAUUAAAGGGCGGGGUUUCCGACGCUAAGGAUUUUAAUGUCUUUCGUGACUAUGCUCCAGAAGCAGAAGCAAUCAUGACUUUUCCAGCUUCUGUGCCACUGGUUAUGUUCACCCGGCUGCUCGAGGUUGUUGUCGGGAAUUAA